CUCAUGCAUACAUACAAACCUAAACACGAUAUAAACCCCACCCAGAAAUUCUAAGAUAUCCAGAAAAAUGUCAUCAUCAUCUUCAAAAUCCUUCCAACCGCCACAGCUAUCCCAAGACUUCAAAGAGUUCCUCUCCACUCUACCAGGAAAAAAAGUAUUCGCGGAUGACCCUCUCUACCGCUAUCAUUAUCAAGGUUUCUGGUACAUCGAUGCCAUUCUCGAAGCUGUAAUUUCUUGCCAGGAACAUUUCCAAGCGGAGGAUUCCGACGUCUUCGUCGCCUCCGCUCCUAAAUGCGGCACCACCUGGCUGAAGGCGAUUGCCUUCAGCCUACUUAACCGGAGACGGCACACUGUCACCUCCGGAGACCACCCCCUCCUCACCUGCAACCCUCACGACCUCGUGCCCUUCCUCGAGAUAGGCCUCUACGGCAGCAUCAAAGCCCUCGACAUCGCCUCGUUCCCCUCCCCGCGCCUCCUCGCCACGCACAUUCCCCAUUCCUCCCUGCCGGACUCGAUCAGGAGCGGCUCAAACUGCAAGAUCCUGUACGUGGCGAGGGACCCCAAGGACGCCUUCGUGUCGGCGUGGCACUACUUGGCUACCGUGGGCUUGGUGAGCCCGACGGUGGCGGAGGCGUUUGAGAAUUUCUGCGAGGGAUUGAGUGGCUAUGGGCCCUUUUGGGAUCAUGUUCUUGGAUAUUGGAAGCAAAGCUUGGAAAACCCUGAGAGGGUUUUGUUCCUCAAGUACGAGGAUAUGAAGGCGAGGCCGGCCGUGGAGGUGCGCCGCGUGGCGGAGUUCCUCGGCUGCCCCUUCUCCGCCGAGGAGGAGGAAGCUGGGGAGGUUGAUCGGAUCUUGGAACUGUGUAGCUUUGAAGGUCUCAGAGGUUUGGAAGUGAACAAGAAGGGGAAGCUAGAUGCGACUCGUGUGGAUAAUAGUGCUUUCUUUCGUCGAGGAGAGGUCGGAGAUUGGAAGAAUUAUUUAUCGCCGGAGAUGGCGGAGAGGAUUGAUCGGAUUGUUGAAGAGAAGUUUUCUGGGUCGGGAUUAUUCCUAUAAUUAUAAUCCUCCUUUCAUACAUUGUUGAUCUAGUGCUAUCGUAGUUAAUCUUUAGAGACUAUAAGCUCUCAUGUUCGAGCUAGUCCAUGGUAUAUCGUGAACUUUAAAUUUUCUUUUUCAUUCAUAAUAAAAUAAAAAUAGUUCAAUAUUUAUUCAUUUGGAGGCA